AUGGCUGCCACCAAAGCUGUCAAGAUUCCGUCACUCAUCUACGGUACGGCAUGGAAGAAGGAGAAGACUCAGGAGCUUGUCAAGCAAGCACUCCUCAAUGGGUUCACUGCCGUAGAUACCGCAGCACAACCUAAACACUACCAAGAAGACCUGGUUGGAGCCGGAAUUCGAGAUGCUCUCAAGGGUGGCCAGCUCAAACGUGAAGAUCUCUACAUCCAGACAAAGUUCACUUCAGUCCAUGGUCAGGAUCCAAAGAAUAUGCCACACGAUUUAAAAGCCACGAUCACAGAGCAAGUAAACGCAUCCGUGGCAUCGUCGCUCAAGAACCUUCGACAUACCGGCAAUUUUGCAGAUUCGUACAUCGAUUGCUUAGUGCUCCACUCACCCUUUCCAUCGAUAUCCCAAACCCAAGAAGCAUGGCGAGCGAUGGAGUCUCACGUUCCACAUGUCGUUCGGACUCUCGGUAUCUCGAAUACAUACCAGCUUUCGGCACUGAAAGAACUGUACAGCUUUGCGAAAGUCAAGCCCUCGGUGCUUCAGAAUCGCUUCUACCAGGAUGAAGGAUACGACAGGAAUAUCAGAGCCUUCUGCAAGGAGAAAGGCAUCAAGUAUCAGAGCUUCUGGACGCUGACUGCCAAUCCGCACCUCCUGCGAUCUGAGCCCGUCAACAUCAUCGCGAAAGAAACCGGCGUGACGAAGCCUGUUGCACUGUAUGCGCUGGUCAUUGGACUUGGAGAUGCCAGUGUCCUGAACGGGACGACGAACAGGCAGAGGAUGGCGGAAGAUAUCGCGGGUAUGCAGGCUGUCGAGAAAUGGAAAGCUGCGAACGGCUCCGCGUGGGCUCAUAGCUUCAAGGCGUUUGAUGCUUUGUUGGAUUGA